UAGUUCAGAGAAAGAAAAAAAAAAUCCGAUACGUUCAAAAAAACCCGAAACGUUUCAGAUUCACGGUAACUCAAAAGCGAAACGAAAUCGUUAGAAGAGAGCAGAACGAAGUAAAGUAACAAUCAACAUUCGACAAUGAGGGUGCAGAACAAAACGGUGGCGUUUUUGUUUCUCUUUGUUUCAGAAUUUUUGUUAGGAAUAGCAGUGGCAGCCGAUGAUGCCUCUCCGAAGCUCGGGACUGUGAUUGGUAUUGAUCUCGGAACAACCUACUCUUGUGUGGGUGUGUACAAGAACGGUCAUGUAGAGAUUAUAGCCAAUGAUCAAGGGAACAGAAUCACACCCUCCUGGGUCGCAUUCACUGAUACUGAGCGUUUAAUAGGCGAGGCCGCGAAGAAUCAAGCGGCUCUCAAUGCCGAACGUACCAUUUUCGAUGUUAAGCGGCUUAUUGGAAGGAAGUUUGAUGAUCCGGAGGUUCAGAGGGAUAUUAAGUUUUUGCCUUAUAAGAUUGUGAAAAAGGAUGGGAAGCCUUAUAUUCAGGUGAAGGUGAAAGGUGAGACAAAGGUGUUUAGCCCUGAGGAAAUCAGUGCUAUGAUAUUAGGGAAAAUGAAAGAAACAGCUGAGGCUUAUUUGGGGAAGAAAAUCAAAGACGCUGUUGUCACUGUUCCAGCCUAUUUCAAUGAUGCACAGAGGCAAGCCACAAAGGACGCAGGCAUCAUUGCCGGGUUGAAUGUGGCUCGGAUAAUCAAUGAACCUACUGCUGCUGCUAUUGCCUAUGGUCUGGACAAGAAAGGAGGAGAGAUGAACAUUUUGGUUUAUGAUCUUGGUGGUGGUACUUUUGAUGUUAGCAUCUUGACCAUUGACAAUGGUGUGUUUGAGGUUCUUGCUACUAGUGGAGACACCCACUUGGGAGGAGAGGAUUUUGACCACAGAGUGAUGGAUUACUUCAUCAAGUUGAUUAAAAAGAAGUACAACAAAGAUAUCAGCAAGGAUAACAAGGCUCUUGGGAAGCUUCGUAGGGAAUGUGAGAGAGCAAAGAGAGCAUUGAGUAGCCAACACCAAGUCCGAGUUGAGAUUGAGUCUCUUGUCGAUGGUAUUGAUUUCUCAGAGCCUUUAACAAGGGCAAGGUUUGAGGAGUUAAACAUGGACUUGUUUAAGAAGACAAUGGGGCCAGUGAAGAAGGCUUUGGAAGAUGCAGGAGUGAAGAAAACAAAUAUAAAUGAGAUUGUCCUAGUUGGAGGAAGCACCCGAAUUCCCAAGGUACAACAGCUGUUGAAAGACUUUUUUGAUGGCAAGGAGCCAAACAAGGGUGUGAAUCCUGAUGAGGCUGUUGCCUAUGGUGCAGCAGUUCAAGGUGGAAUCCUCAGCGGUGAAGGCGGGGAAGAAACCGGAGGCAUUCUCUUGCUUGAUGUUGCUCCUUUGAGUCUGGGUAUUGAAACAGCUGGUGGAGUGAUGACAAAAUUGAUCCCGAGGAAUACUGUUAUCCCAACUAAGAAGUCUCAAAUCUUCACCACUUAUCAAGACCAGCAAACCACAGUGUCCAUCAAGGUCUUCGAAGGUGAAAGAAGCUUGACAAAGGAUUGUCGUGAACUCGGGAGGUUUGAUCUAUCUGGCAUUCCACCUGCUCCAAGGGGAGUCCCCCAAAUUGAGGUUACCUUUGAGGUUGAUGCCAAUGGUAUCUUACAUGUGAAAGCAGAAGACAAGGCAGCUAAGAAGUCAGAAUCCAUCACCAUCACUAAUGACAAGGGGCGUUUGAGCCAGGAUGAAAUCGAUAGGAUGGUGAAGGAAGCUGAGGAGUUUGCAGAAGAGGAUAAGAAGGUGAAGGAGAAAAUUGAUGCCAGGAACAAGUUGGAGACUUACAUCUACAACAUGAGGAGCACCAUUGGUGACAAGGACAAGUUGGCAGAUAAGAUUGAUUCAGACGAUAAGGAGAAGAUUGAGAGCGCAUUGAAAGAAGCUCUUGAAUGGUUGGAUGAUAACCAGAACGCAGAGAAGGAAGAUUUUGAUGAGAAAUUGAAAGAGGUUGAAGAAGUAUGCAAUCCAGUUAUAAAACAAGUUUAUGAAAAGAGUGGUGGAAGCUCUACUGGAGCUGAGGAUGAGGAACCAAACGAUGAGUUGUAGAAUGCUUGGAGCAUAGGGUUCAAAUUUGUUGAGUUUUUAUUUUUAUUUUUUUCUGACCUGCAAAAUUUGUUAGUAGUUAGCCAAAAAUGCUCAUUACUGGUUAUUAUUC